AUGAGCCGCUCUCAACUGAAGAUCCUCUCCCAAUUGGCAUCGUCGCCUAACGAUGUGGCGUCAGGUCUUGCGCAAUGCAUGGAGGCCUUACGUCUCGUUUCCUCACUGCCAAGAUCAUCGCCUAUCAUGGUCGAGUAUUCGGGUAUGAAGGGUUCCAUAACCAAGGCGUUUGGAAGGGAGCAUCUCUCACGGGUGCCGUUCAGGACUGUAUAUGGGCUUGUCAAAGCCUCCAUGGAGCUCCCUGACGACUCGCGUAUCAUGUAUGCUGCAUUCUAUCGUGAAGAUGGGACAGUUGAUCCCGCAAAGGUACUCAUCGAUGAAGACUCAUGGAAAGAGCUUGUACCAUAUGUGCAUACAUUGCACAUCGAGGACGAUCGUCAAGCGAAUUCGGUAUUCACCGUACAAGCCUUGUCAUCACCAACUUUGCAGAGCACAAGGUCGUCUCCCUCCCCAAGUCCAGCGAUGGCUUCCCCAACACGGAGUUUGAAUAGCAACGCAAACACUUUCAUCCCCAGUAAAAAUAUAGUGACAUUCAAAUCGCAGGAUGGAACAAAGCUUAACCUACAAGCUCUCAGAAAGGGGAUGAUCUCCCCAGCAUGUAUGUCAUAUCUUUCAUUUGAGGUCGCACAGGAAGUUCAUGUCAACCCCUAG